AUGGAGUCCCCCGCAAUCCCGGUCCCGCUGGAUCCGCGGGAGCAGCCCAUCCUCGAACGACUGCUCCGAACUCGCGACGCACUUUUGCUCAUUAAACAGGACAAGUCGUCAUACAUCAAAUCUCGCGAUGUUCUUCCGCACUACGAGGAAGUGAUUGCAGAAGUUGAGAAGCUCAAUUCUGCCCGCAAAGAGCAGGAUCGCCGCUUGAUACAUAAUCGCCUGGAUUACGUUUUAGAUGACUGUUUUCAGUUGAUCUCUCUAUUGUUCUUGACAGUGGGGAGGAACAAUGAAGCUCCUGCAGUUUAUUCCUUGGCAACCACAAUCCAGCGCUUGCUCGACCAUCUCGAAGAGGCCGGAUUUUACAGCUCCAAAGAUUUGAACUCGAUCACCAAGACCUUGGAGUCUACUCGUGAAACUCUCGAGCGCGGACGCGACACAUACUCGCCGGCUCUUCUCACACUUUUGGAAAGCCGUCUUGAACAAUGCGAAAUUUCUUUGAAGAAGUUGCAGAAGGGCCUCGCCGCACUCGCCCCUCCUUUGGCGCAAACACACGAGACGCUAGUCUCGAUUCUGAGAUCAACAUCUGCGGUUAAUACUCGCUCAAAGUUCUCAGCAUCGGAAGUCAAUGGUCUUCGGGAACAACUGAAGAAGAUUGAGAAGACUACAAAGGACGGUAACUUUGUCGACACCGAAGGAAACAUCCUCACAGGGCAGGAUGAGGUUAAGUCUUUGAUCCAUCGUUGCUGGCGAUGGACCGAAAUUGUGCUUGAGCGAGAGGGCAAAAUCGACGAACGGUUCCGAGAUCAAUAUGAGCGAUUGCUGGAAAUCCGCAACCAAUUAGAUCGCUUGUCUGUAACCCAAGCUUGGUCUCUGCGAGAGACAGAUCUCUUUGGAUUCCAGCGCAAGCUCGAUCGAAUUGACGAGGCACGUUCUAAUGGAAACUUUGUCGAUGCAGACGGUCAACCUGCCGACCUUCAUGCACAGCGAACACUGCUUUACCUCAUCCGUCGCAGUUAUGCAUACAUUUAUGCGCUAUUGAUUUCAUCCGAGCCCGUGUCCGAAGCUCUUCUCCCUGUUUAUAAUCAGCUCCAAACUCUGCGUCGCUGCUUGAUUGAAGUCAAAGAGUCUGGAGGAGUCUCAAACUCGCGUGAACUCUACCCUUACAGCAUGAAGCUUAAUUCAAUUGAUAACAUGCGAGUUGAUGGGAAGUUCUAUGUCGGGCCCGAUAUUCCCGAGGGUCAGGGCAGUGUGAAUAACCUGCUCGCCGAGUGCUAUGAUUUUGUCUGGGAGCUGCGCGCUGCAGUGGUUGAUGAGGAAGAACAGUCUUAG